CGUUGAGAGGCGCGCGCUGCUUCAUUCACCAGCAGGUCUCUGUAUUAUUAUAACACAUUGCUUUGGUGAGUCAGCCGGGCGAUUAUUCACAGGAUUACUUUCAAAAUAUACCCUGGGAAGGACUAACUCUACUAGGAAACUGCGCUUUGACAGUCUGUGAUUUGAUAUAUCGUUCCUGCCUCCGCGGAAACAUUCAACAGAGUGCAAUGUGUGACCUCACCAUGGACCAAGUGACACCUCUGUCAUCGGGUUAUCGCCGCCUGAAGAGGCAGGUAGCUCUGGAGCUGUUUGAAGACCCCAUGUCUCUGUUCUCUGGGUUUUACCCAUUAGUGGAGGAGGAGCCGGCAGCUCAGGAAGUCCCAUCUGGUUUGGAGUGCGCUCCACAAGAUCUGGGACCAUGCUCCGUGCCAUUGUUGACUCCCUGCAGCAAAGCAGUGAUGAGCCAGGCUCUUAAAGACAGUUUUAAUGGUUUCAGCAAAGUCCAACGCAUCUGGGGUAUCUCAAACAACCCAUGGAAAUGGAGCAAGCAGCAUGUCCAACAGUGGCUGCACUGGGCUGCUGGCGAGUUCAGCCUCACCAAUGUGAACUUCUUCAAGUUUGAUAUGAGCGGCCAGGAGCUGUGCGACCUGGGGAAAGACAGUUUCUUGGAAUUAGCUCCAGAUUUCGUGGGCGAUAUUCUUUGGGAGCACCUAGAACAGAUGAUGAGAGGUUUCAGUGUGGAGGACACACAGUAUGCACUGCAGGCCUCAGACAAUACUAGUAGUCUCCUAAGGGAGCUAUUUGAGACCCCGGAUAGUCCCACCCCUCUGAUCCCCGAGCCGGACUUCUCCAUGUUCCCAAAACCUCAACUGAGCACGGUGAACGUCAGCUACAUCAACCAGGAAUUCCCAAAUGCCAAAGCACAGCCACGCCUUAACACACACUUCUCAUCCCAUGAGCAGACCUCUGUUGAGAGUGUGGACAGUUUGGAGGGAACCGAGCGUGUCCUGCACUCGUGGGGCAGUCAGUCAUCCCUGGCUGACACCCAGCGUGUGCCAUCUUAUGACAGCUUUGAUGACGAGUACAGCGCAGUGCCACUGAGCCUGGGCAAGCAAGGCCUGUCCUUCAAAGACUAUGUACAAGAGAGAAAUGAGCCGCUGGAGCAGGGCAAACCGGUCAUCCCUGCCGCUGUGCUUGCUGGAUUUACUGGAAGUGGCCCUAUCCAGCUGUGGCAGUUCCUGCUGGAACUCCUGACAGAUACAACCUGUCAGGGCAUUAUCAGCUGGACUGGAGAUGGCUGGGAAUUCAAACUCACUGACCCUGAUGAGGUGGCUCGCCGCUGGGGCCGCCGCAAGAACAAGCCCAAGAUGAACUAUGAGAAGCUAAGCCGUGGCCUGCGCUACUACUACGACAAGAACAUCAUCCACAAGACAGCUGGAAAACGCUACGUCUACCGCUUUGUUUGUGACCUCCAGAACCUCCUGGGCUACACCGCAGAGGAGUUGCACGGCAUGCUGGGAGUGCAGCCUGACACUGAGGACUGAACCAAGCAAAAUGCCCCUAGGAGUGGUGUGUUUGAUGGAGAAGGGGAAGUGACCCCCGUUGUCCACUGUUACAGUCGGGCUCUUUAAUAGGUCUGCGCCCUGAAUGACGGCAGUAGCGCAGCUGCACUUGAAGCCUCUGCACUGGCUGCACUAGAAAACGUGCAAUUUUCUGUGUUUGGCCUGGAGCAUCUUUACAACAGGCACAUUUCAGAAAGACAGAAACCCUGCAACUGAGCGGACAUCUGGUUCAAAGACUCUCGUGCUUUAUAAGCUAUACAGAUAUGAAAUUCUCUUUAAAAACAAUGUUUCUUCUAUCACCAGAACUAGGUGUUCAGAGUCGGUCAGAGGUGUGUUUAGACUAAAAGAGACGUGUACAGAGAAGAAAGAAUAUUUUUAUGUUGGCAGAGAGAACGGGGUGCCUGUGUAGCACACUGUAUUGAGACUGUUGUUAUAUAACACAUGCUGUUGCCUUUACUGACUUGCAAAGUGCUUUAAACUCCAGACUUGCACGCUUCCUUUGUUACUAGAGAGCCAUCCAGGAUAUCAGCCAAGUACAAAUGUGUAAGUCUGUGUGCUUUUCUUCUUGCAGUCUUACUCAGACCUGUAUUUUCAAUAGACCAUGAUUGUAAACGAAAUACAGUGUAUAAUUUAUUGGAGCAUUUUUGAUUGCAGCCGCUGUAAUGAGCACAUUUUGUAUCUGGGUAAUUAAUCGUGUAUUUUUUUUUUUUUUUUUUUUUUUUGCAAAGGCCAAAGUGACAUUCCAGUUUCAGUAUUUAAUGUCAUCACAAGAGAUCUUGCAUUAAGGUUAAUAGCAUCGGUGGACAACUUUCUAUCAGAUUUAUAUCAUAUUUUGAAACAGCGGCAGAACUAAACUUUAUGGUACCUUCUGUCAAAAUGGGUCGUUUACUAUAAGUUUUAUUUAUCUUUUUACAUGUCUGAAUGUAUUUAGCUCUAUUUAUUUAAAUCAAAGCCAUACAGGCACUCAGAGGAUUCUACAAGUUAUGAUUGUUAAAUAUGUUUUUGUUGUGGUUAGUUCUCUUAUGUACAUGAUAUUUUGGUAACUGUAAAUGUGUUGGAUCUAUUUAAUUGCUGUUCUUAGCAUUACUUGUAAAGGAAACUGAUAAGAUGCCAGAUUAAAAAAAAAGAAAAAAAAUCGAAAUCACUGUCAUGGGGUGGGGAUCGUGUCCCAACCUUAACUAUACACAACAUUUGUAUAAAAGCUUUAUGUGAAAAGAAAAUGAGGUUGUGUUGCUAUUCAAACACGUUUUGUGGAACUGCUUCAACUUUUACACAAAUCUCGAUGUCUUGUAUGUUUAUAAAAUUAUUUUUUUACAUAAAUCCUCUGUGUUAUGUUGUUUUGUAAUAUUUUAUGGGUUGUGUACUUGUUUGGUCCAAUGUAUUAAAUACAGCUUUAUUUGACAUAGAGAGUGAAUGAAAGAAACAGCAAUAUGGAGGUAAAAGCUGAUCUGGGACGGGGUUUUUAUACUGAUAGUAAGGCAAAGAACUGGUCCUGGAGUUAAACCGAUUGAUAACUGUGAUAUAGGAGCAACAGUGUAUGGGCAGAGAAACUGGAGAAAGCUAGACCAACAACAGCGAUGAAUCACGGCUUCAGUCACGCAACUGGAAUGUUGAGAAUGAAGCCAUCGCACCCAAGAAGUGAACAGAGUAAUUAAAUGAAACUGUACUAUGAUUUUGGGCUAUAGUUUCCCAUUGAUGGAAACUGAUUAAAAAGUUCACGUGUCUAUUUAGAUUACAUUAUAGUGCAUACUUUGGCAGUAAGAACACAUGUAUCACUCUGAUGACACUUGUGCUGUUGUGAAAUAAAUGUUUUUUAAAUGAA